AUGGAUAAACUAUAGAGGUCUAGACAAAGCAAUUCUUUUAUAAAAGAAGUUUCGAAAAAAAGAAAUCAUAGGUUUAAAGCUUACAAAAUUAUUUAUUUAGAUUAAAUUUUAGUUUCGAGAAAUUUCUUUUAUAUCAAAACCUUUGAGCUGAGUCACAUUGUAAAUUUAGAUUAACAUUUUUGUUUUGGAGGUUCAAUAUUAACAAAUAUUAAUAGUAUUAAGUACUGGAAUGGACAUCGAUUGAAAGUUUAUGUAGGUAAUAUUCGAAAGCAUAAUUUAUUAUUUUAUAUACACUUCUGUGGAAGCACAUCUUUAUAUGAUAAAGCUUCUCCAGUGGAUUUAUAUGCUUAUCAUUAAAACCCAACUGCCUAAAUAAUAAUUACAGGUGAGACAUUAUUUUGGGGAAUUGUAGAACUGUAAUUAUUCAUAGAAAAAUGCCCAAAUGGUUGUGAUUCAUAUGACGAGAAUGGAUGCUUAAAUUAAAUAUUAUAUAUUCCUUCUAAAUCUUUCACUUAUAUUGAUUUAAAUGAAGGAUGGUAAUAUGAUAUAAUUUCCUAUAAAAAUAUUUGA